AUGUAUGCAGACAUUCAAUGGAAACCUUUUUUGGCGUCGGAUUGGUCCCCAGGAGGAGGCCCUCAACAACUAUCGGUAGUAACAACCGUUUGGGGAGUGACAACCGCUACUCAAUCAGGUCCUCAGGGCAGCAGUAAUCAGGGUUAUACGUCACAAGGAAUAAUACCUGAAAAGGAUGUAGGAGUGAAUACUCAAUUUUCAACGAGUUAUCGCCUUGGAACAUCUAGCUAUGGAGAUGGGCAAGGAGGGAUGAACGGUGGUCCCGGUGGUGGUGGUGGUGGAAACAGUGUUACAGGAGGAGAAUCUCAAUACGGUGGUGCAUUGAGUGCAGCAGCAAUGGUGGCUGCAGCAACGGCCACGGCUACAGCCACAGCAAGCGUUGUUGCUCUUCAAGAAAGGCAAGACAUGAAUUCACAGUGCACGUUAGUUAAAAAAAAAUUUUUUUUAAAUGACCGACCGACCGACAAAUUUUCAGCAAGGAACAGAAUUACAAAAUAG